AUCAUGCUUGUUUUAGCUAUAAAGAAUUUUUCCAAUAGGUAGGAUAGGGUUUCCCAUAGGGACUAUGUUCCCUAUAAGGAUGAGAAUUAGAUUAAUAUUCCUCUAAUAUUAUUAUUACAAUAUAAGAUUUUAUUUAUCUACUACUAUUAUUAUUAUUAUUAUUAUUAUUAUUAUUAUUAUUAUUAUUAUUAUUAUUUUCAUUAUUUUGAAAAUGAUCUUUAUGAUUAAUACUCAUGAUCAUAAUUUGGUGUUAUUGUCAUUGAUGAUAAUAACAUUAAUCUUGGGCAAUUGCAUUUUGUAUACACAUUCUAAAUAUGUUAAUCAUGAUGAUCAUGAUUAUGAUCAUCCAAAGCUUCAUGUUGUUAAAAGGAGAAUAGAGUUUCGUAUUGAUCAAUCUUUCAAUUUGCCCUCUCCUUUACCAAAUUGGCCUCCUGGCAAUGGUUUUGGAACUGGGUCAAUUGAUUUUGGAGGUCUACAUAUAGCUGAAGUGACAACAUUUAACAAAGUAUGGGCCACAUAUGAUGGAGGACCAGAUGGUGAAGGAGCAACAUUUUUUGAGCCCGUUGGACUACCCGAAGGGUAUUUUCUUUUAGGGUACUAUGCUCAACGUAAUAAUAGACCAUUAUUUGGUCGUGUCCUUGUAGCCAAAGACACAAAUAGUCCUGGUGAUCCUGCUCUUAAUUGGCCUAUUGAUUAUGCCCUUGUUUGGAGUAGCCAUGGUCUAAGUGUUAAGGCUGACUCCCCUGGCUACAUUUGGGCUCCUAUUCCGAGUGAUGGAUAUCAAGCUGUGGGUCUAGUCGUUACUACUACACCCGAGAAGCCACCUCUUGAUAAGGUUCGAUGUGUUCGAAACGAUUUCACGACUUUUUGUGAACCUGAUGAAUGGAUAUGGGGUCGAGAAGGGGAUAUUGAUUCGGAUGAGUUCAAUAUAUUUGAUUCUAGGCCGGUUAAAAAAGGCAAACAGGGAUCAGCAGUAAGUGCAGGCACAUUUUUAGCAAAAAGUGGAGGAGGAACAACAGGAGAUACCCCUUUACUAGCUUGCUUAAAAUAUGUAAAGUCAAAUGCAACAUACAUGCCAAAUUUAGACCAACUUAAAGCCCUAAUUAGUACAUACUCUCCCAAAAUAUACAACCACCCAAAAGAAAACUUCUUCCCUUCCUCUGUUGAAUGGUUCUUUAAGAAUGGUGCACUUCUAUACAAAAAAGGAGAUGAAUCAAAUCCAAUCCCAAUCGAACCCUCAGGUGCAAAUCUUCCCCAAGGCGGAACAAGUGAUGGAGAAUACUGGAUAGAUCUACCCACCAAUAAAAAUGAAAAAGAAAGAGUAAAAAAGGGAGACAUUGAAUCAGCAUGUGCAUACUAUCAUGUCAAACCUAUGCUAGGUGGAACAUAUACCGACCUAGCCAUAUGGGUAUUUUACCCUUUUAAUGGUCCGUCAAGUGCUAAAGUCGGUUUUGUAACUAUACCAUUAGGCGAAAUAGGCGAACAUGUAGCCGACUGGGAACAUGUUACCUUAAGAAUAAGUAACUUUAACGGUAUGUUACAAAAAGUUUAUUUUUCACAACACGCUGAAGGUGAAUGGGUGUACCCACCCGACCUAGAAUUUUACGACGGUAACAAGUUUAACGGAUACGCUUCGUUACAUGGUCAUGCUUGUUAUCGUAGUGUAGGGGAAGUGUUACAAGGGUCCAAUUAUAUAGGAAUAAGAAAUGAUACAGGGAAAAGUGACAAAAUGUUGGAUACAUCUAAGAAUUAUGAGAUAAUUUCAGCUGAUUAUCUAGGUGGUGGGGUAGUAAUUGAACCGGCUUGGUUAAAUUAUGCAAGGAAGUGGGGCCCUAAGAUUUCUUAUAAUAUUGCUGAUGAAAUUAAGAAAUUUGCUAAUUUGUUGCCAGGAAAACUUAAGGCUAAGUUUCUAGCUUUUACUAAGAGUUUACCACCUGAAGUGUUGGGUGAACAAGGUCCCACUGGUCCUAAAAUGAAGAAAAGUUGGGAUGGGGAAGAGACUAAGUGAUUUUUUUUAUGUAAUUUUAUUGAUGAUUAAAAUUAAUUAAUCAAUUAAUUAGUACACCAUGUUGUUUUUUUUAUGUUUAUCUCAAAAAAAUACUAUAUGUAAUAAUGUUGUAAUUAAUUGUGUGUAGUUUAUGUUAAGAUAUUGAUUUGUUAU